UGUGUAAGUUCUAUUAUGAUAUUUAUUUUACUUUGCUUUCUUUGUUGCAGCCGAGUCGUAAGAAAGGCCAUAGCUAGGGUGUACAUAGUGAUGCACCAAAAGCAAAAGGAAAAUUUAAGAAAAUUAUUCAAGAAUAAGAAGUAUAAGCCAUUGGACUUGCGCCCCAAGAAGACAAGGGCAAUGAGAAGGGCACUCACAAGUCACGAGAAGAAUCUGAAAACUAUGAAGACUAUCAGGAAGCGACAGGCUUUCCCUCCCAGAAAGUUCGCUGUCAAAGCUUAGUAUGCUAAAUAAAUUUUUGUUUUAAAUACA